AUAAAGAAAAUAAAUAGAGAGAGGAGUAUUAUCAAUAAUCGGUCGGCACUUUAUUUUUUAUUAUAAAAUUUAAAUUAGUUUAAAUAGGUACUUAAAUACUUUGAUUGAAAUGGAAAACUAAAAAUUAUUUACAUGACGCCUAUAACUGGUAAAUGUAAAGAAAAUACUUUGGAGUCGAAAAUGAAGGACCGUAAAUCCGAAUUGUGUUCCAGAUACAUCAAAAUAUUUGUUGUUGUGUCUUGUUACUGGAUAGUUUCCAUAGUCACAGUUUUUGUGAACAAGUAUUUAUUAAGUGGUGCAUCAGUGAACCUUGAGGCGCCACUCUUUAUUACAUGGUUUCAAUGUAUUGUGUCCUUCACAAUAUGUUUCUGCUUGAGCAAGACAGGAGGGAUCAAAGGCAUUUUUGUGUUCCCUAAAGGAACACCAUGGAAUAAAGAGACAUUCAUAAAAAUAGUUCCUGUAUCCAUUCUAUUCACAGUAAUGAUAGCAAGUAACAACUUGUGUCUCAAGUAUGUGGGAGUGUCCUUCUACUACAUUGGUAGAUCUCUGACUACUGUGUUCAAUGUUGCAUUGAGUUGGCUACUGCUGAAGCAAGUCACUUCCAAGAGGUGCAUUUUAUGCUGUGCAUUUAUUAUUCUGGGCUUCUUUCUUGGUGUUGACCAAGAAAGUCUGCUAGGCUCUUUUUCCCUUGUGGGCACAAUUUAUGGAGUAAUUGGCUCACUAACGCUAUCUUUGUACUCCAUUUACACAAAGAGAGCUCUCCCUUUUGUCAACCAAGAGGUCUGGUUGCUAUCAUACUACAAUAAUGCUUAUUCAAUAAUAUUAUUCAUACCAUUCAUAAUCUUGAAUGGAGAAUAUACGGCUAUAUGGAACUAUGGCCACUUUGAUUCUACAAUGUUUUGGGUUCAGAUGGUGACUGGAGGCAUUUGUGGUUUUGCCAUUGGAUACUUUACUUCUCUACAGAUACAGGUGACAUCGCCGUUGACGCAUAAUAUAUCAGGGACGGCCAAAGCGUGUGCGCAAACUGUGAUUGCCACUCAGUGGUACAGUGAAUCGAAGAGUGUAUUAUGGUGGAGCUCUAAUAUCAUGGUUCUGUUAUCUAGUGCACUUUACGCCAGAUUUAAGCAAGUCGAAAUGCAGGUAAAUUCUAGGAGAAUAGUACCUGAAGACGAAAAGAGUUUGAUUUAGAUUUUUUUUAUGUAAGUGUAGCGUUUUAAAUAUAUGCAAAUACGAAUUACAUGGCCUGUAGCUGUAGUGUAUUUGAUGUAAAAAAAACUAUGUUUUAAAAGAUACAU